AUGUAUAAUGUUGUACACAUCGAUGAAAAAUGGUUCUACAUGAGUAGGGAAACUCAAAGGUACUAUUUAUUCCCUUGGGAAGAGGAAGAACCAUAUAGGUGUGUGAAAAACAAAAAUUUCAUAGGUAAAGUAAUGUUUAUAGCAGCUGUUGCAAGACCUCAAAUUAGUACUAAUAGAGAAGUGUUGUGGGAUGGAAAAAUAGGAAUUUUUCCAUUCACAGAGACUUAUUAUGCAAUGAGAAGGUUAGAAAGGAAACCAGCAGGUACACCACAGCUAAGAGCAAUAACAAAAGUUACACGAGAUGUUAUUCGAGAAAAACUAAUCAAUGAAGUUCUACCAACAAUCAGAUUGAAAUGGCCAACAAAUGGAGUCAAAGAUAUUUGGAUUCAACAAGAUAAUGUCAAGCUAUAUAUUUUAACAAAUGAUCAAGCAUUCAAUGAAGAAGCCAACAAAGAUGGAUUUAACAUAAGACUAUCAUUCCUGAAAGACCUCAAAGAUUUGAUCAAGGCGGUCAAUGAUGCAUACGACACUUUUGAACCAAAACUUUUGAACUACACGUGGAUAGAAUAUCAACUAUGCAUGAUAGAGGUGUUGAAAGCUAGAGGUGGUAAUAAUUACAAGAAUCCACACAUUGGAAAACAAAGAUUAGACAGGUUGGGUAUGUUGCUAAGACAACUAGAAAUUCCUCAAGAACUUAUAGAUGCAGCACGUCAAUUUUUAUCUGAUGGUAUAAUUAAUCUCGAUGAUCUUCCACAAGAAGAUUGA